AUGUCGCAACUUCCGGUUUCGCAUGUCCGUCAGGGAAACUGCUCCCCGAGCAACAACAGGAGGAAAAACGGACACAAUGAUUGAGGAAAAUGGUCCUUCGGCACAUGAGUCCGAAGUGUCCUCCUCGUCCCAGGCCAGGCAGAAACUGGAGGGGCUCCUCAACAAGAACAUGAGGAUCCGCAUGACGGACGGGCGGACCCUGGUGGGGCUCUUCCUCUGCACAGACCGGGACUGCAAUGUGAUCCUGGGCUCGGCCCAGGAGUUCCUCAAAUCCUCAGACACGUUCUCCCAGGGGGAACCCAGAGUCCUGGGCCUGGCCAUGAUCCCCGGUCACCACGUGGUGUCCAUCGAGGUGGAGGCCGACAGCCUGGAGGACGCCGAGGGCUUUGGAGCCAACCACUGACCAGCCAGCAUUGGUGUGACUGUUUCCUGUCAUGGGCAAUACAAUCAAACACGUUCCAGGGCGGCUGACGCAGAACCUCGGUGCCAGCGCUCCGGACGCAUCCCACCCCAUCCCCCGGGUGAACGGACGAGAAGUCCAGCAGUUGUGGAUGUGGCCUCAUCGGGCCAAGUGCAUUUAUGACAAAGUUUUGUGCAAAUAUGUGGCUGCAAGUUUCCUUUGUUAGCGUUUUAAAAUAAAUUGAUGUUUGACCAUUUGGUUUAUGAUCCUA